AUGGAUCCCACCGCGUUGGUGAUCCCAAGCAAUGCAAGCUCCCAUAUCACACCAAUCGAAGACGAUAUGGCCGCUAUAGAUCGUCUGUCCCAUAUGGGUCACUCGACUGUAGUGUCAUGUCAAGAGAACAACAGCCCGCCCAGUGUUGCGAACGAUAUCGACUUCGAAACCGACGAUCAAGAUAGCCCAGUCGCAUUGCAAAAUGGUAUCGGUCACUUGACGGAGCCUGGACCAAAUUCGCGGCCCGCCUCAGAAUACGAUUCAAGUAAUUCGAUCCCGGAUGGCCCGAUACCCAUUGACGAGGAUGGCGAUUCUCACAUGGAGGAUGUUUCCGAUGCGGUAGACGGUGUAUCCGCCUCCUCACGCACAUCAGACAACGCAUCAAGCAGAGGCAUAAAGCGCAAGUCGCCUGUUGAUGAUAGUGAUUUCAUUCGCAAUAACCCAAGCUUAUAUGGAUUACGCCGAAGCGGCCGCACUCGUACUGUCCGCAAGACUACUCUGACGGAUGCGGACUCCGAUUCCGAUGCCGUUGUAAGACCCGUCAAACGAAGGCGUCGCCAGUCUCUCCAGUCAUCGAAGCAACCUUCAGUGUCACUCUCCCAUGAUUCAGAUGCCGACUCUAGCGACGCUUACAAUGAAACACAUAGGCGUCGACAUAACAAUCGUCGUCGGUUGCUCCAGCCGAAACCUGAUCUAACACCUACACAUGGCGAAAUUCGAUUCUCUACCCGUCGUUCGAAUAAAGUGUUGAACUAUAAUGAGGAUGAUGACGAUGAAUUGUUUGGGGAAGAUUCGGAGAACGCGACUCCCCUUGAAUGGACAAACGUUAUCGACAACAACUGCCCUGCCAUCGACGUUGUGUUGAACCAUCGACUUAUAGAAGGCAGUGACUUUACAAAAGUCGAUAUUGGACGCUCAGAUUUUGAGUUUUGCAUAAAAUGGCAAGGAAAAUCACAUUAUCAUGCAACUUGGGAAACUGAUGACUCGCUCACUGGAUGUCGAAGUCUACGCCGUUUAGAUAACUAUGUACGAAAGAUUCUCAUGCAAGAGCUAUAUUUCCUCAAGGACCCAGAUUUGAUACCCGAGGAAAAAGAAAAGUGGAACCUAGACCGUGAGCGUGACGUUGAGGCUAUCGAGGAUUUUAAACAAGUUGAGCGUAUUAUUGGAUCUCGUGAGAUCGAUGGCCAAACGGAAUACUAUGUUAAAUGGAAACGCUUGUUUUAUGAGUGCUGUACAUGGGAAGCCGCAGAGCUGGUCAGCCACAUCGCCCAGCAAGAAAUUGAUCGUUACCUUGAUCGCUGUUCCCGUCCUCCACUUUCAAACAGACUGGAAUCAAACCAAUCGACUCGAUCUGUCUUUGAACCUAUCCAUGGCACUCCGGACUUUAUCUGUAACGGCCAAUUAAAAGAUUUUCAAGUGAAAGGGGUUAAUUUUAUGGCAUAUAACUGGGUUCGCGGGCGGAAUGUCGUCCUUGCCGAUGAAAUGGGUUUGGGCAAAACUGUACAGACCGUCACAUUUAUCAACUGGCUCCGCCAUGUGAGAAAUCAACAAGGACCGUUCAUUGUGGUGGUUCCUCUAUCAACAAUGCCUUCGUGGGCCGAAACUUUCGAUUACUGGACGCCGGACCUAAAUUAUGUCGUUUACAGUGGAAAUGAGACUUCACGUAAUAUUAUCAAGGAGUAUGAGCUUCUCGUCGAUGGAAACAUCAAGCGCCCUAGAUUUCAUGUUCUCCUAACAACAUACGAAUACGUAUUGGUCGAUGCCUCUUUCCUAAGUCAAAUUAAAUGGCAAUUUCUCGCCGUUGAUGAAGCCCACCGUCUCAAGAAUCGGGAUUCCCAGCUGUAUGCGAAACUGAACGAAUUCAGAUCACCAAGUCGGCUUCUAAUUACUGGCACUCCCGUCCAAAAUAACCUUGGAGAGCUUUCCGCCCUGAUGGACUUCCUAAAUCCGGGAGUGAUUGACAUUGAUGAUGACAUGGAUUUGAGCUCAGAGCUUGCAAGCUAUAAGCUAGCGGAGCUAACGAAGGCCAUUCAGCCAUAUAUGCUUCGUCGUACCAAAUCCAAGGUUGAGAGCGACUUGCCGCCAAAAUCGGAAAAAAUAAUACGAGUAGAGCUGUCAGAUGUACAGUUAGAAUAUUAUAAAAAUAUUCUGACUAAAAACUAUGCUGCUCUUAAUCAGGGUACUAAAGGCCAGAAGCAGUCUCUGCUCAACAUCAUGAUGGAGUUAAAAAAAGCAAGCAAUCACCCUUUCAUGUUUGCGAGUGCAGAGGAGCGAAUCCUACAAGGCAGCACUCGACGUGAGGAUGCCCUUAGGGCUCUCAUCACCAGCAGCGGUAAAAUGAUGCUACUUGAUCAGUUGCUUGCAAAGCUAAAGAACGACGGCCACCGAGUCCUUAUAUUCAGUCAAAUGGUUCGGAUGCUUGACAUACUUGCCGACUAUAUGGACGCCCGUGGGUUCACAUAUCAACGAUUAGAUGGUACCAUUGCAGCUGGCCCUCGUCGAUUGUCCAUCGAGCACUUUAAUGCUCCUGAUAGCACCGACUUUGCCUUCCUUCUCUCGACUCGCGCUGGAGGUCUCGGCAUCAAUUUAAUGACAGCGGAUACUGUGAUUUUAUUCGAUUCUGAUUGGAAUCCCCAGGCUGACCUACAGGCGAUGGCCCGAGCGCACCGUAUUGGACAGACAAAGCCGGUAAGUGUCUAUCGACUAGUGUCGAAAGACACAGUUGAGGAAGAAGUUAUCGAAAGAGCAAGAAACAAGCUGCUUCUUGAGUUUAUCACAAUUCAGCGAGGUGUGACCGAUAAGGAGGCGACCGAGCUGAAGGAUAAGAUGGUCCGCGCCGGCCAUCAUGUCAACGAACCUACUUCCUCAGAUGACAUCUCCAGAAUUUUAAAAAGGCGAGGCCAACGAAUGUUUGAGCAAUCCGGAAAUCAGAAAAAACUUGAAGAACUUGACAUCGAUGCAGUUCUUGCCAAUGCCGAAGAACACAAAACGGAGCAAGCGGAAGGCAUGGAAGCUGACGGUGGUGAAGAAUUCUUAAAGGCCUUUGAGUUUGUUGACGUCAAGGUUGACGAUCUUACCUGGGAGGAGAUCAUACCAAAGGAUGAACUCGAAAAAAUCAAGGCUGAGGAGCAAAAAGAACUCGAGGACAAAUAUCUCGCCGAAGAGAUUGAGCGAAGCAAGCCAAGGAAACGAAAGGUCCUUAUGGACGAGCGCGAGGAAAGACAAGCGAAACGCCGAGCCCGUCAACAAGUUCAUGUCGAUGCUGGCGACGAUUCUGAUAUACUGGCUCCACCAGACCCGAACCGACCUCUUAAUGAGAAGGAGAUUCGUAACCUCGUUCGUGCAUAUCUUCGAUAUGGCGACUUUAACGACCGGGAGGAAGAUAUCCUUAGGGAAGCAAAACUCCUGGACAGGAAUUUGACGCUUGUGAAAACAGUUCUGACACAAAUUAUUCAAUCUGCCACAGAACAUGUUCAGAUAGCAAAUGAAGAAUUACGUGCACUGGAGCGAGAAGGCAAGACUUUCACAAAAAAGGAGCGGAAAGCUGUUCUCUUUAAUUAUAAUGGUGUUAAGCGGCUGAACGCUGAAACAAUCGUUGAACGGCCUAUCGAGAUGCGACUUCUUAAACAAGCCACAUCAGGUAUCAGUGACCCAAAGAGUUUUCGACUUCCGGAGGCGACAAAAGCUGCGGACUAUUCUUGCACUUGGGGGGCGCGAGAAGAUGGAAUGCUAUGCAUUGGUAUUGCUCGGCAUGGAUAUGGAGCUUGGACGCAAAUUCGAGACGACGCCGACUUGGGACUUGCUGAUAAAUUUUUCUUGGAGGAGCACCGAGCUGAUCGCAAGAAUGAAUUAAGCCGAAAUGGCGAAGGCAUGAAAUCUCCAGGUGCGGUUCAUUUAGUACGCCGUGCCGACUAUUUGCUGUCUGUCCUGAGAGAAAAAUCGAGCAACGGCAACAAUGCUGCCACGAAGAAAGCGGUUGAAAAUCACCAACGGCUUAAUAAAAAGCAUACUUUUUCACGACACCAGACCAGCGGCAGUGUCUCGGCCUCUCCUGCCCCAUCGGCACACCGCAAGCGCAGAGAAUCAGAUUCUCUUAGACACCGUGUUCAUGCUCGUGGCGGCCGUGGUAGUGAUCGACAGCAUACGCCAGCUACCGCUGAACCUCGAAAGCUCUCAUCUGAAGUCGACAAAAGUCGCCAUAGACAUAGUAAUAGUGACGCUCAUUCUCGCCGUCGAAGUUAUGACCAAGUCAACUCUAUCCCUGAUAAAGAAAAUACUCUUAAGUUGGUAUUUAAGCCCAUUCGAGACAACCUAAGGCAGAUUUCACAGUGCAAUAAAGAAAGUAUCCCAGACAAAGUCCAACGGGCUAAAGAGCUUCGUCGCCUUUUAUCCUCAGUUGGCGGCUUCAUCCAUAAAACUCUUGAAGGUGAAGAAGAAACCCGUGAACUCCUUGAAACACGUUUAUGGGAUCACGUCGCACAUUACUGGCCCAAUAAAGGCACUCCCGGAAGCGCUCUUCUCGACAUUUACAAACGGAUGGUUCACUCAGACAAGACUGCACAAUCCAAAUCUACGUCCUAA